GUCCUCAAUUCAACCAGCCAAAUGGCAAAUGCCCCGCCCAACUCACGCUGUUUCAGCGUGCAAGGUUUUUACAGCAAACCAACUCUUCACUUGAAUUGCUUCACGCUAGAGCUCUCUCUCUUCUUUUGAAACUUGAUCAACACUUCCAUCUCCAUAUAUAACCGAGAUCUUUACAAAAUUUGCAGCUGCCAGGGGACUUCUCUUUCUUUUCUUAGUUAAUUUUUCAAGCUAUGGCUUCCUGGAACUCGUUUCCACUCAAGAUCACAUACGAGGUCUUUGGAUGGUUGGCAUUCGUUUCUUGGUCCAUUAGUUUCUACCCACAAGCCAUAUUGAAUUUCCGACGAAAAAGUGUGGUGGGUUUGAACUUCGAUUUCGUGGUGCUGAAUUUGACGAAGCACUCCUCUUACUUGAUCUACAACGCUUCGCUUUACUUCAGCUCUGCAAUCCAGAAGCAGUACUUUAACAAGUAUGGGCACAAACAGAUGAUACCUGUAGCUGCAAAUGAUGUUGCAUUUUCCAUACAUGCUGUUGCAUUGACAGCAAUCACAUUGUUCCAAAUUGCAAUCUACGAACGAGGGCAUCAAAAGGUAUCUAAGAUUGCUAUAGCAAUUGUCUGUAUUGUGUGGGUAGCUGCUGCAGUUUGUUUCUUUGUAGCUUUGCAUCGUCAUUCUUGGCUGUGGCUUAUCUCUGUCUUCAACACAAUCCAAGUUUGUAUGACUGUGAUCAAGUACAUUCCCCAGGCAGUAAUGAACUUCAUGAGAAAGAGCACUGAUGGGUUCAGCAUUGGGAACAUAUUACUUGAUUUUCUUGGAGGAAUGGCUAAUUAUGCUCAGAUGACUGCACAAUCUGUAGACCAACAUUCAUGGGUGAACUUUUAUGGCAACAUAGGAAAGACACUGCUUUCUCUGGUGUCUAUAUUCUUUGAUCUUCUUUUCAUGUUUCAACAUUAUAUCCUUUAUUCAGACAAGAAGAAGCAGCAUAGCUCCCCUGAAAUCAAGGGAGAGGGUGAACACCCACCUAAUUGCUCUUUACAGGCUGAGAAUGUGUAAUAUUUUUAUAUAUUUCUUCACAGUGCAUUGCUUUAUAAAGAAAAUAUGUAAAUUUGUUUUUAAUUUUAAACUUCUAAAUUAUACAAAAUGGUCAGUGUAGCCUUUAUAUAUUGAAUUGCUUUUGCAUUUUGAA